CUUCGCCUCGAUCGCACGCGAACGUUCCUAACGAACGCCGGAGUUCCAAAUACGAAUAUACGAGUGUUUUCAAAUUUCGAAUCGAUUUGAAUUUAGAAUCAGUGGUUUUGAUUUUUUUUUCAACCUAGCCAGUUCGCCGACCGGUCAGCCAUGCGGAACCUCUUAAGGUUAUCGUCAUUCCUGCUCCUAGUCGCCGCGACAUGCUGCGUGCCCGCCCCGGCGCUCCGGCGCGACAACAGCCUCACGGACGACAAGAAGGAGCCCUCCACGCACGAGCUGCUCAGCUCGCUCGGCCUCAAGAAGCUCAAGGUGCCCGCCGCACACCACCGGAAACGCGUCGCGGAGCAAGGCCGGCGCCACGCCACCGGGGACUCCAGGAUGUUCGUCAUCAAACUGCCCCCGAACACCAGCUACUACACACACGCCGACCCCGCCCCACCCGCCGCCAGAACCCUACCCCUACAGAUGACAGGCAACGGCAAACCAGCUAGAGUAUACCAUUGGAACCUCCCUGUCCUACAAAAACUAGCGAAAGACAGACCACAAGCACGUUUCGACGACGAUGUUGUCGACGUGGAAAGCACACCAACAUGGCCCAAAGGCAUGAACAACCAUCCGAACUCACUAGACUCCUUAGCAUACUACGUCCCAGAAAAGAAAACAUCCUUCAGAAAAUACUUCUCAGGAAACGGGAAGCCGAAGUCGUUCUACGUCCUGCAGAAAAACAAGAAUUCAGCGCAGUACCACAGACUACUGCCAUAAUUCGUUAGUUCAUCUAUUUGAUAGGCGAGCUGAAAACGCAUGAGACUGAAUGCGUCUACAAUGUAGACGUUUACUAGUGUCAUGCGUUUUAAAAGUUAACUUUUUAUCCACCAGUGAUUUGUUUAUCAAGGACUUAUUUAUAAAGAUACAAUCCAAUCAAACGAUAAAGAACAAUCAAUAUAUUUUAAAUGUCGAAAAAAAAACAUCAUUUGUUUUGGAACGCUCCCUUGCGUUCAGCGUGCAGAAUAAAGUACCUACGCGUUUUAUUUAUUGCCGUCGUUACAAAUUUAACGUUGGCGUAAUAAAACGUUAUCUACACUAAUUGUGCCCUACAAAUACAGCCUUUCUCUAAACACGCCUAGUAAUUCAUAUUAACUGUUUUCUAAGUUGCCCACAAUUAAAUAGCGAUUUGUAACCCGCCGCGCCGCUCGGGAAAACUGUCAUUUACUGGCUUAUCGCCCGUUUAGCUCUCAACGGGCUCGAUAAAUUAUGCUAAGAUCAAUAUUAGCUUCCAUAUUUUGCAUCAACGAGAGAUAAUUGGAUUAUUUAUGGAUGAUUUUAUGGGCAGAUUAAAAUUAGACAGACUUGAAGUACAGAGCUUUUGUCUUCAAACCGAUUAAAAUCAGCAACAGUGCCGCAUUUACAUAAAAUGCAGUGUCAUUAUCAUAACUUCAUAAAUAUCACAACAGUAUCUACUCAAACAGUCGGCAGGGCCCUGAAAUAUAUUCUGGCAAGAUCGCUCCAAAACAAAACCUUACCGGGAAAAGUCUUACAUUUGAAAAUUGUGUGAUUUCAUUUUAAAUAAAUUCACUACUUUUUCAAUGCAGGAAGUUGGCUUGACAAUGUCUAAUUUAAUUUUGCAUUGAAAUUAGGACUUGUUUUGGAGCGUUUCCCGUUCCGUUUUAUCUCAAUAUUCUGUGCUGAAAGGUAGUUAAAACGUUAGAACUAAUUCCAGCUCAUUUAUUGCUUACCUUUUAAUAAUCCAGUAUGUUGAUAUAACUUUAAUCUGGAGCAUUAACUAAAUGACCUUGCAGAUCUUUCCUAUGAUGGACUCUAAUAAUAUAAGAAGGGGUUGUAUUAAACCAACUGCAACACUAAGCCCCUGUAUGAGUAAAGGGGAAAGUCGCCUCUCCAUACAAACGUCAUUUCCUCUAGAUGUUGAGAUUAUGGAAACUGUUUUUACACAACUCUUUCUAUUAUAUUGCGUAUACUUUAAUUUAUUUAUAAUUCAUUAUAUUGUUUCCGCUUGAAAUCAAUUAAAUUAAAAUAUUUUCUCAAAAUAAUUGAAUUUGUUCCAGUACUUACACCGUACUGGAAAAAAUAAUUAUUUUUAGAAAACUAGUACUAUGUACUUAUACUAACCCAAUGCUACUCUAUUGUAAAUAAAAUAAUCAGGGCCUCAAUUCGACAAGCUCAUUUUAAUAAUCUUUAUAUCAAUUUUUGCAUGACGCAUGUCGAAUAGGCGCCGCGAAUUAUUAAAUAACUAUUGUAUAAUAGUUUUAAGAUGAAUAGGUGCUUAGUUUUGUUAGUAAGGUAAGACUGCUCCACGAAUUUAAAAUAUUUAUGUUAAGCUAAGCUACCUACUUAUGUAAUAUACGUUACUAGACCACACUAGACUACAGGCCUAAGAGCUUAAUA